UGCGUAAUGCACUUUCUAUAAACGCCCAUAUUUACUUACCAAAUUAACGCGACCAGGACAAUAAUUUAAACGAUAAUAUUUAAUGUAUAUUUUUCCAUUUAUUAUAUUUACCUAUUUAUAAGAAAAAAGGUGUAUUGUACGAUCCCCACCGUCCGGCUGGAGUAGGGCCGCACCUGAGCGCAUUUUCAAUGUACCUCUACGUUAUGUAUGGCAGAAGUGAUGGAAUCCGUCCGCGUCCGUCCGUGAGCAGUCAACCGGCUUACGGCCAUACAAAUGUGAAAUGCGCUCCGACUCCGCCCGUUCGGUGGGAAUCGUACUUUAGUUAAAAAAACUUCAGAUUUCCACGACACAAAGUCGCAUCGUGACACGAAGUCUUAUCUUAUAACGACACACGACGUCGCAUCGUGUAGGUAAGGUAGGUAAUUGUGUUUCGGUCUUAAGUUUUUUUUACUCAUAUUUCUUUUAAUAUAUGUCUAGGCUCCCAUGAGCCGUGGCAAUAUGCCGGGACAACGCAAGGAAGAAGAAGGAGAUUUCUUUUAAUAUAAAAGUACAACAAUUGACAAAAUAAAGAAAAAAUGACUGGUCAAAUUAUUAUCCAGGUCACGUUAAUUAAGUAAAUAUGGGCGUUUAGGUAUACAAAGUGCAUUACGAAGUCGAUGCACAUCGUAGAUUUCCACGACGGCGACGUCGCAACGUGACACGACGUCGCAUCAUGCCACGUUGCCACGACACGACGUCGCAUCAUGUAAUUGUGUUUUGGCUCAAAGAGAAUAAGUAGAACAUAGGUAACACUACGGCGUAGUUCUAAGCAAAGAGCAUAUGAUCACUACGUUCUAAGUGAAAUAUCCUUGAUUAUUACUCGUUUAAUGUGUUUAUGUGUAGGAAUAUAAAUCGCAUAAUAGGGGAAAAUGUUUAAUUCAUGUAAGUGCCUAAAACGAAUUUCUAAAUAUGUAAAAAAAUGUAUAUUACGCAUUUUGUGAUAUUUUUUUCGGUUUUCGGGGGUUAAUUUCAAUGUUAUUUACAGUUUUCAGAGGCCUAUUGGGCACUGAAGACUCCCCAACAAAGGUAAUAGAAGUGCGUUCAGACAAUUAUGUUUCGAGGCCGAUACAUUACAGAGAAGAUUCUAUGUUAUUAUACGGUCCUAAAAUCAAGGACGGAAAGAAUAAUUCGAAGGACAAAUAUUUUGAUAUUAUUCUAUACAAGCCGUCCACAGAGAGCACACCUCAAAUGUACAGCUUGUUUCGGUCAGAAAAUCAAAAAAGUGCAGAGCAGAAGUUUAUGGUGUACAAAGAUAGAAUACCAGUCUACAUUAAAAUAACUAAAGAUUGCACAAUAGCAAGUCUUCAAAAACUAUGCGACACACUGUCCAAACACCACACAUGGUCCAUAGCUCAUCUGGCAGCUCACUUUGGACUUUGUGAUAUGUUUAAUGACCCUGAGGUCCAGGCGCACAUGAAUGAAGUGGACCCGGUCACUGGAGCUACGCCGUUGAUGGUGGCAGUGAAAUCGUGCAACAUCCGCAUGGUCCAAAGCCUGGUCUCCCUACAAGUUCCGUUGGACACUGUCGAUCUAGACGGCAACACAGUAUUCCAUUACGCAGCGGCUAGCAACAAGGAUAUUAUCAAUGUGCUCGCAAGCAAAACAACGACGUCCCUCAACGUGUACAACAAGCAAGGAUACACGCCAUUACACAUGGGCUGCCUCGCCAACGCGCCCGACUGCGUGCGAGCGUUACUAUUGGCUGGGGCCGAUGUGAAUCUGCCGGCUCAGCGGCAGUCAACUGUUAAUUCAAGUGCUAUACCAGGUAUCGUCGGCGACGUACUCCAUGGAGCCAACCAACCUAAACUCUACCAACAAGAUAUGAAACAUGGCGGCACGCCUCUCCACUGGUCCGUCUCUCGCGAAGUUAUCGAAGCCUUGGUGGACAAGAACUGUAACAUCAACGCGUUAAACUUUGACGGCCGAACUGCGUUGCAUAUCAUGGUGUUCAGGGGGCGCCUGGAGUGUGCUAUGGCACUGCUAUCUAGAGGAGCGGAACAUUCCAUAACAGAUAACGAAGGAAACACCCCUCUACACUUAGCAGUGAACCAGACGAACAUUUCUUUGGUUGAAGCAUUGAUAGUGUUCGGCGCAGAUUUGGAAGCGCUCAACAAUUCUGGCUACACCGCCCGACAUAUGGUGCCCUAUGAUAUGUCAAAUAGUAACUACGACAAGAUAUUGUAUGUGUUACACGCUGUAGGAGCUCAGAGGUGUUCGGCCGAAGUGGCCGGCUGCGGCCCCGGCUGCGCGGGCAGCGACGACUACGACGGCGUGCCCCCGCCCCGCGUGCCGCAGCCCGCCUGCCGUGACGUCAUCAGCCACAUGCUCAACCUUGCGGCCAGGGAGCGCGCCGCCAACUCACCCAAUAGCGACAAGCAGGGACGGCUUCUCUGCCUCGACGGCGGCGGUAUCCGCGGCCUGGUCCUUGUCCAAAUCCUAAUCAACCUAGAAGCUGCCAUUGGGCGCCCCAUCAUCGACUGUUUCAACUGGGUAGCUGGCACCAGUACUGGAGGGAUCCUAGCUUUAGCCCUUGCCAGUGGGAAGAAUUUAAGAGAAUGCCAAAGGCUGUAUUUCCGUAUGAAGGAAUAUGCGUUCGUUGGUACGCGUCCGUAUCCUUCAGAAGGGUUGGAGACCAUAUUGAAGGAUAAUUUAGGUACGGAAACCGUGAUGGCGGACCUGACUCAUCCGAAGCUGAUGAUCCUGGCGUUGUUGGCAGACAGGAAACCGGUGGACCUGCAUAUAUUCAGAAACUAUCAGUCAGCAGAGGAAGUCCUGGAGGCGCAUAAUAAGUUUAACCCGCGUGUGAGCGAGGGAGGCGAAGGGAUAGGUCUGGCGCUGCCGCCGCCGCCCAGCCAGCAGCUGGUGUGGCAGGCGGCCCGCGCCACCGGCGCUGCGCCCUCAUACUUCACCGCCUCGGGCAGAUAUCUCGACGGCGGCUUAAUGGCGAACAAUCCUACGCUAGACGCAUUAUCAGAGCUCACAGAGAUGCGGCUAGCUUUUAGAGUUACGGGACAAAUCGAGGAAGCUCGCAAGACUGACUUGAAAGUUGUGGUUUCGUGUGGCACAGGCAUAAACCCGUUGUGCAAGAUCAGAGACAUCGAUGUGUCCAAGCCCGAGAGCGUUUGGGGCAUGGCCAAGCUGGCCUUUGGACUCUCCAACAUUGGAACCCUCCUGGUUGAUCAGGCAACACAAUCCGACGGUCGCGUAGUCGAUCGCGCUCGCGCCUGGUGUUCUUCACUCGGCGUCCCCUACUACCGUUUCACACCUUCAAUGUCGAACGAUGUGGCCAUGGACGAGCGUUCGGACGAGCUGCUAGUGCGCAUGUUGUGGGAGACGCAGGCAGACAUGCGCGAGCACCGCGACCGCGUCGCCGAGCUCGCCGCGCUGCUCGCCGAACCUGUGUGAUGAGGUAGGGAUGUGGUUUGUCGCUAGAUGGCACUGUUGAGCUGGCUAACAAAAUAACUGGAAAAUUGAUAGUCAAUAAUAUUAAAAUAUUUUUUAUGGCGAUUAUAUUGGCGUUAAGAAGAAGAUAAUGAUGACAUUCGUUGACACAACCAAUAACGACGUUGACAUUGAUAAUGAGGAUGUUGACCAUUGUAACGAUAACGUCGGCAUCUAUAUAUAGCUACGUUUUAAACUGUGUGGUUUAAAUUAAAACACAGAAUCUCGGUUAAUAAAAAUUAGAGAAGAUCCUCGAAGGGUCAAAGUUCGUUA